AUGUCCUCCAACUCGACCUUCACCUCGGCCAACCUCAUCUGCCAGAGCCCCAACCAGACGGCGAUCAAGGCCUGCUGUACCGGGCAUGGAUCGGUUUACAUGGUGCUCCCGGCCGCCGCCUCUGGAUUCCCCAACGCCAUCGGAGACAUCACCUACUGCGGAGUGCCCGCAAAGGAGCCCAAGACGGGGAGCAACUUUGUCAGCUGCAUCACGCAGGCCUUCGGCAUCAGCGACCGCAACUCGCUCAUCCCGGGCACCGCCAACCUCAUUUGCAAGGGCACCGUUCCGGCAGCUCCCGCCACGGCCAAGUGCUGUACCGGCCCCAACCUCUCCUAUCUGUCCCAACCGGUCGCCGAGUUCAACAAGACCAACCUCAACGCAACGAGCGUCAAUGCGUUCCUCAACCACACCGUCCAGACCGACACAAUAGGCAUCUGCUCCUUCUCGCAGGACGGCAACAAGUUCCUCGACUGCCUCGCGCGCGAGCUGGGGAUCACGUCCGACCCUGGCUCGUUGCCUCUGGGCAAGAUGCAGUGCCGCGAUGUUCGGCUCGCUGACGGUGAUUCUCCGCCCGCUGUCAACGCCAAGACUGUUUCGUCCGGCCCGAGGAGCCACAGGAGCUGGGCGGCAAUGGGGCUGCUGGCUGUGCUUGCGAGCACAGUUGUCGCCUUGUAG